GUUAAGAUCGCACAGUUAUGAACUGUUUUUUUUUCUCCAAACUUUACAUGGUGACGUCAUACUUGUGCGUGUCUCUACGUCUUAUCGGGGGAUUUAGUACUGAUCGGGGGUAUUACGUGCUGUUGAAUGUGUAUUGCUAAAGCCGAAGUAUUCAGAAGAGACAGGCUGCAUACUGCACUGCGGGAGACAACAUUUUUAUUUCGGCGUUGAGUAGAGAAACGUUAUUUCCUAAAAGUGUUAUACGGAUACACAAGUAUUCUUUAAUCUUUAUACUUUACUGCCCACAGCAGGUGGCUAUUCUAGGCUUUGAAAUAAAUGGGUCAUGCUGUUGUUGAAUCGACUGGACAGAUACAAACACAUCUCCGAAACGCUGUUUUGUUAUUCUGCAGUGUCUAUAUGUGUAUGCACUUAACUGUUGUGUUUUCUUCUUUGUAUAAUAAUCAAAAACUUAACCUAAAGAUAACCACCACUCAGAGAAAACCCAAACGUCAUUGGUCUCAGCCGCAUCACAUCCGGCUUUUGAGUUGCCUCCUCCUCUUCCUGCUAGUCAGGUUAGGUUGUACCCCUCUCCCGGUGAGUUUUAUAGCAACUGUUGCCCAGUGAAGCAGCGCCAUAGUCACCGUAGUCCUGGCGACUGUUACCCACCAACAACAACAACUCCUCUCUCCAUCACUACCACCACCAUCCUCAUCAUCAUCUCCCACAACAACCAACACAAUAGUCCACAGCCAAGGCACCAUGCAGACAUCGGAGGCUGGCUCUGACACAGCGUCCACAGUCACCCUUCAGACCACAGUGGCUGCGCAGCCAGCGGUACCAACACAAGUGGUGCAGCAGGUCCCCGUGCAGCAGCAGGUGCAGGCAGUGCAGCAGGUACAGCACGUCUACCCAGCACAGGUACAAUAUGUGGAGGAGAACAACGCUGUUUACACUAACGGGACCAUUCGAACGUACUCGUAUUCAGAGGCACAGAUGUACAGCCAGAACACUGGGGGGAACUACUUUGACACCCAGGGAAGUUCAUCUCAGGUGACAACAGUGGUGUCCUCUCACAGCAUGGGGGCAGGGGGCAUCCCCAUGGGCAUUGCAGGGGGGCAGAUCAUCAGCAGCUCUGGGGCCUACCUCAUCGGCAAUUCCAUGGAGAACUCUGCCCACCCCACCACCCAGACUACCCGGGCCUCUCCUGCCACCAUUGAAAUGGCGAUUGAGACUCUCCAAAAGUCUGAAGGCUUAUCCACUCAAAGAAGCUCUCUGCUCAACAGCCAUCUCCAGUGGCUGCUAGACAAUUACGAGACAGCGGAGGGGGUAAGCCUUCCGCGCAGCACCCUGUACAACCACUACCUGCGGCACUGCCAGGAGCAGAAGCUGGACCCUGUCAAUGCUGCCUCCUUUGGCAAACUCAUUCGCUCCAUCUUUAUGGGGCUGAGGACCAGGAGACUUGGUACCAGGGGCAACUCCAAGUACCACUACUAUGGGAUUCGUGUGAAGCCAGACUCCCCUCUGAACCGACUGCAAGAAGACAUGCAGUACAUGGCCCUGAGGCAGCAGCCCGUGCAGCAGAAACAGAGGUACAAGCCUGUGCAGAAAGUGGACGGGAUGGGGGACAACUUUGCAGGCAGUGGACAGCACACGCCAACAGCAGCAGAGCAGACUGUCAUAGCCCAGAGCCAGCACCACCAGCAGUUUCUGGAUGCCUCUCGAGCACUCCCAGAUUUCGUGGAGCUUGACCUUGGCGAUACUAUUAUGGACAUCAUUACUCCUGAGGAUAUCAAGACCCUGCAGACCCUGUACAGAGAGCACUGCGAGGCUAUUCUGGAUGUGGUGGUCAAUCUUCAGUUCAGCCUCAUUGAGAAGCUCUGGCAAACCUUCUGGCGUUACUCCCCUUCUGUCACACUAGAGGGAUCCACCAUCACUGAGAACAGCAAUGUCAGUGAAAUUGAAGGCAGGCUGCCCAAAUCAAAACUGAUCCUGCUGUGCAAAAAUGAGACAGUCCUGAAGUGGAUGUGUAACUGCGACCAUGUGAUGUACCAGGCCCUGGUGGAGAUCCUCAUCCCUGAUGUACUUAGACCUAUUCCUAGUGCCUUGACCCAAGCCAUCCGCAAUUUUGCAAAAAGCCUUGAAGGCUGGCUAACCAAUGCCAUGAACAAUAUUCCACAGAAAAUGAUUCAAACCAAGGUUGCUGCUGUUAGUGCCUUUGCCCAGACCCUGCGGAGAUACACUUCUCUGAACCACCUGGCCCAGGCUGCCCGGGCUGUGCUGCAGAACACCUCGCAGAUCAACCAGAUGCUUAGUGACCUCAACCGCGUGGACUUCGCCAAUGUACAGGAACAGGCUUCCUGGGUGUGCCAGUGUGAAGAGAGUGUGGUGCAGAGGCUGGAGCAAGACUUCAAGCUGACCCUGCAGCAGCAGAGCACCCUGGAACAGUGGGCAGCCUGGCUGGACAAUGUGGUCAAUCAGGUGCUGAAACCGUAUGAAGGGAGGCCCAGUUUCCCUAAAGCUGCUCGGCAGUUCCUCUUGAAGUGGUCCUUUUACAGCUCCAUGGUGAUCCGGGACCUCACCUUACGGAGUGCUGCUAGUUUCGGUUCAUUUCAUCUCAUUCGCCUCCUCUACGACGAGUACAUGUUUUAUUUAGUGGAGCAUCGUGUUGCCCAGGCAACUGGUGAGACGCCCAUUGCUGUCAUGGGAGAGUUUGAUGAUCUCAAUACCAUGUCACCUGCAAAUAUCGACAAAGAUGAAGUGAGUGACGCGGAGAGCGAGAUGGAGGAUGAAAUGGAGGACUCGGGGGAACCACUGGCUAAGAGAGAGAAAGCAGAGGUGAGCCAGGCUUUACAGGGGGCGCUGGACGGCGGUGUUCAGCCUAUCAUCCUGAACUCUCUGCCACCUGAGCACAUCCUCCCUGGCACGCCCACCAUCCGGCACUGCAGCGCCACCGGAAACACCUACGCCUCGGUCUGAGGCAUCCAGGGGCUGGAGCACCUCUCUCCGUCGCUUGUCACCAUGCUCUCUCAAUAGCCGUCUAAACCUGUAGCUUGACUGUUUGCAGAUUUCUCUUGGUCUCGUGAACAAGGGUGUUCGUGAUUCUAAGCCUAAGAACCAAAACCACGUGAAGCCUGAACUGAGCGCACUGGGCUGAACAGGGUUCUCUCACCCAAAGAAGGGCAGGUGAGUUGAACUAGGGGGGUCUCGGGCUUGAUCUGCCACCCGGCAAGAUAACGUCACUGUCAACCUACGUGAAGCAGUCUGUUUGGGAAACGAGGCAUGAUUCAAUGUUUUGAAAUGUCAUUUUCUGUAAUUCUCUGCACCCUUUGUGGUCACGAACACAGGUCCAGUUCUCCCAUCUGUAUUGGACAACCUGCUCCAACAAAGAGGAAGAACUUCUUUAAAGAAAGAGAACAAUCGGCUGUUUAAAAAAAGGACUUGCUUUCAUGUACCAAAGGUUAUGGUAGUGACCUGCUUGAUAAAAAUCCCAUUGGUAUCCCAUAAGCCACUACACAAGAUUCAUUUGAUUCUUUCCCCCUGAAACUGCUCAGCCUGUGUGUAGCUUCAGCCUAUGUGUGUAGCCCCAGUUCAGUUCAGGUGACGCUGUCACCCCUGCCUUACUCUGAAUGUGCUGUUUCUUUGUCUCUCACUCAGCAAAAUAUGGCCAGCCUCUCUCCCUUUGUGCUCCUCUUUUGUUUUAAUAAUCUCACACAUGACUGAAGUAUUUUCGCAGUCCCUAAAAAAAAACAUCCUUGUUAAGAGGUAGUCUAGUGACAUACAUCUGUACCAGAAGUGCUGACACAGUUCCAUAGUGGCAUCAGUGCCCCAGGUGCCAACCUAAGUCUCAGCCGAAUGUCUGAAUUAAGAAGCUCCUUUCCUCCUCAGUGCAGCAGGGACCAUUGUAGUCCAGAGAUGUAUAAAAGGAAUCUAAAGUUAGAGGAGCAUUGAACUGAUAUCUUUCAAUUUGGCAGUUUAAUUCCUGUUGUAGAGCAGGUGUAGCACAGUCAGAAUCGUGUAUAAGGGCAGCUACAAAUUAGAUUAGUAUCACUCACUGAGAUUCUUUUUAAACCUUUGUGUCUGUAAUUACCCCUAUAGUGACUUUGUGGAUUCUGCCAUUACCUCGUUUAGCAGUUGGCACACAUUAUUACUGUACAGGAGGUACGUUGAUGCAGAUGGUUGGAAAAACCAAUCUGUGCUGUUCAAGCAAAAAAA